AGACACGCUGGCUGUUCAAUUGCAUAGGCCAUAAUAGUUUUCUGCUCUCUCGACUUCAGAACAGACAUUUUCCUCUAGGCCUUUCCGCCUGCCUCAGCCCUAGCGCGCCAUAGCAGAGAACAUCCUCCGAAUAAGACCGGAGUUAGCUGGAAUGCUUUGACGUCAGUAGCAGACCAACCCAGGCCAGCGCUCAGAGCCGAUCAGACGGAGGUGAAUGCACGAAUAGGCUAGCCUACUGCAGAGAGAGACGCACUCACAUCGAGCAUCCCUGUUGCCUCGUCCUUUGCGGAGACAUCGGGGCACGCAAACACUACGCACCUGGCACAGUCAAUACAACAGGGCGAGGGGAAAAUAUUGUGUAAUAGCGUUAUUAAGAUUUUAACACAUCAAGUAGGCUAGUAUUCUUGGUAUAGAAAGAAGUGCAUUGCUGUUUACAGUGGUGGGUCGCUCCACUAGCCUCAAGGAUAACGCAUUUUCCUAACAAUGGUAAUGCAUCAGUAGAGAGAGCCUCCAGCCCAACCCUCCCUCUCUUCAUACCGAGACCCCUCAUCCAGACUGAGACUGUCUCCAGCACCAACACACCACUCCCCUCACCCCGCCCUUGCCCCGCCCCACCCAGACAUGGCUGCUUCUAAGGGUGGCUACGAGGGCAAGAUCGCCGGCCUCUACGACCUGGAUCGCACGCUGGGGAAAGGCCACUUCGCCGUGGUCAAGCUGGCCCGCCACGUCUUCACAGGCCAGCUGGUGGCGGUCAAGGUGAUUGACAAGACCAAGUUGGACACCAUGGCAACGGGCCACCUGCUGCAGGAGGUGCGCUGUAUGAAGCUGGUGCAGCACCCCAACGUGGUGCGGCUCUAUGAGGUCAUCGACACCGCCACCAAGCUCUACCUCAUCCUGGAGCUGGGCGAUGGAGGGGACAUGUAUGACUAUAUCCUGCGCCACGAGGGUGGAGUGGCCGAGGACACGGCUAAAGUUCACUUCGCCCAGAUCGUCCAGUCCAUCUCCUACUGCCACCGGCUCCAUGUGGUGCACCGAGACCUCAAGCCAGAGAAUGUGGUGUUCUUCAGGCAGCAGGGUACAGUCAAGCUGACCGACUUCGGCUUCAGCAACCUCUUCAAGCCUGGGACCAUGCUGAUGACCAGCUGUGGUUCGCUGGCUUACUCCGCCCCAGAGAUCCUGCUGGGGGAUGAGUAUGACGCUCCGGCUGUAGAUAUUUGGUCACUGGGGGUGAUCCUCUUCAUGCUGGUGUGUGGACAGCCGCCAUUCCAGGAGACCAAUGACAGUGAGACGCUCACCAUGAUUAUGGACUGUCGCUACACCGUUCCCACCCAUGUCUCCGCAGACUGUAAAGAUUUGAUCUCCCGUAUGCUGCAGAGGGACCCGUCUAGCCGUGCCUCCCUGGAGGAGAUCGAGAACCACCCCUGGCUGCAGGGGGUCAAUCCCUCCCCCACAGGGCACAGUGCCGCCCCCCUCACCUCCCACCGCAGCCUGUCCCAGGAGGAACACGAGAUCAUCCUCCACGCCAUGACCAGCGGCAACAUCGCUGACCGCGAUGCCAUCCAACAGGCUCUAGAAGCGGAUCAAUACAACCACAUCACAGCCACGUAUUACCUGCUGGGGGAGCGCAUCCUGAGAGACAAGCAGGAGCAGCCCAGCGAGAUCCCCAAAGUCGACAGUUCGUGGGCCGAGCCAUCACAACUCCAGAGGCCGCGGUCUGAGCCUCUGGAUCUGGAGCAGAGGGGGCUCCAUGGCCUGCUGGCUGGCUGUCCCCGCCGAGGGGUGUCUGAUGCUGUGGACUUCCUGACCCACAGGCCCCUGCUGCUUCAGCCACAGCCAAGUCGCACAGAGAGCCCCUUCCCUGAGUACAGCACAGAGCCCUGCCUGGGGCUCACCCUGCGCCCUUCACCCCCUGACGAACCUCCACAGAUCAAGGGCCUGGGAGCCCUGCAGCUCAUCUGUGAAGAGGAAGAGGAGGAGGAAGAUGAGGCGGAAGAGUCAGGCAAACCACAUGUUGGACUUCAUAAUAUUCAAACACUGCCUCAUAUAAUAGGCUUGGUAUCAACCUCUGUGUCUACAGAACAGUCUAGUCCCAUGCUCACAGCUCCAGAGGCUCCACAGAGCCCAGUCAGAGUAGUCCCAGCUCAGGGAGAGGAAACAGGCCUGUUGGCCACCUCAGUGGAGGAGGCACUGGAGACAGAGUGGGGGGAGUGGGACAGGAAGCUGCAGGACAGGGUUUCUAGCCACAGCAGAGAGAUGGAGACUGACCAGCUGGCAGCCAUACAGGAAAAAGAACAGGGUACGAUGGAUUCAGAGGAGAAGCCCAUGGAGGAAGGAGACAUGUCAUGUGACCAACUGAGGCUAGGUAGUCAUUUGACUUCAGACCAGCCAAUCAAUGGUAGUUCGAUCAGCCCUAAAGCUCACCCUCCAUACCUGCCUCGCCUCGGGGGGGUGCAGUGUUGUUGUGGGCAACAGGAAACUCCCAGCCCAGACAUCAUAGAAGGGGAAGAUGCUAUUCUUAAAAACAACAACACCACAGAGUCCAAGCCUAAGCUGCUCAUGCAGUGUGGGGGGUCCACCCCAGGCGCCUCACCCCGCUCUCUGCCCCAUAACCACUGUGUGGACCUGGGCCCCGAUGGGGUGGACACGACCCGCAAGGUGAGAGGGCCUGGUGGGGGGUCUGAAGGGGACACUCCGGAGGAGCUUCAAUUAGAGAGAUCCCACAAUGCACCACAGGGUCGCCUUGGGCCCAGGGAGACGGGGACCGACCCUACGUUCAGACUGGAUCCUGGAAAGGGGAAGAACGUGAACCUGAGAGACCGCCUGCUGCAGUUCCCUCUCUGUGAGAAGGCCCUGUCCUUCAACAUCCAGCCCACCUCCAAGGAGAAACUCCUGCCCUUCGCCCAGUACAACUGCUGCCAUGUACUGUAGGCAGGGCCACCUGUAGAUACCCUAUACCUCCCACAUUACUCACUCUGUCCCCUAGCCAAGGGGUAGGAAUGGGCAUCACUCCAGACACCCUCACACCAGGCCCAGACCCUGUAACUGUUCCAUCUACUUCAACUUCAACACAAAACACUGGUGCAGACAGUAUGUAGCCUAUCUGAACUAUCGGUCUGUGUCCAACCUAAACGGAAUUAUCAUACUGUGACCUCAGACACGUUCCAGCCAAUCGUAGUUAGACCUGUGUAGCCCCCACCCUGACCUCUUUAUACUUACCGUCUACUGCUGCUUUCUUUGUGAGACAAAAACUGGACCUCAUUGUGCUGCUAUGUACUGGACUAUAGAAAAUGCUUUUUGUGUGGUCUUCUUAGACUAUCACUAUAUAGUGUAGCUUUGAAUUGAUUGCUAUUUUAUUUGCCGUUGUAUCACAGCUCUUCAUUUUGUACUAGCUUAUCUAGAACUGAGCCCAUUUUAGCAUAUGGUAUGUUGUCACUCUGAGGCCUGCUAGUAUAGUGCUAUAAUUGGAAUGUGUAAGAUGAUGCAUGCUGUAUAGGUGAAAGCUACACUCCAUGCCUCAUGCGCCAUCCUUCGUUAGCUCAGCUAGCGGUAUGAUGGAAGGUGUGAUGAUGCUCUAGACAGUGUAGCUGGAAGCAUGGUAUCAUUUAAUGCGGGGGGUUACUUACGUCAAUGACAUUGUUGGUGCACUAAUGUGGGUGCAUUGUUGAAUCUCAGUGGUACACAGUAGUGCAGAGGAGAUGUGUCGGGCAGCGUUGCUCAUGGUCACGUGAUGAAGUAGCCCCGCUUGCGAAUUUCAAAACCAGUGUCUGACUUUGGACCAUGGGGGAAUUUCCUCUUGGUCUAAUGGUCUAAGAUGUUGGUUGGUCCCUAGUGAGACCCACGAUGAUAUCCUGUAUGUUACAUUGGCGCCCAACGUGAGGCGAUCUCUCGUGGGGGAGGAGGUCAAAGGGGGGUGAAUGUAGUGGACUUGUCGGACUUGGUUGCUCAUGGUCACGUGAUCAGGGUCUGCGUUGGAACCCGUGGGAGACCAUGGUUCAUAUCACGUGUGUUACAGUAGCAAGGCUUGGGAUCUAAACUGAAUGUAAGAGCAACACCCAGGGAGAGAAACAUUUUUGGACAGAGUUUCAUAAUGGAGACUUAAACAUAUACACUGCUCAAAAAAAUAAAGGGAACACUGAAACAACACAAUGUAACUCCAAGUCAAUCACACUUCUGUGAAAUCAAACUGUCCACUUCGGAAGCAACACUGAUUCACAAUAAAUCUCACAUGCUGUUGUGCAAAUGGAAUAGACAACAGGUGGAAAUUAUAGGCAAUUAGCAAGACACCCCCAAUAAAGGAGUGGUUCUGCAGGUGGUGACCACAGACCACUUCUCAGUUCCUAUGCUUCCUGGCUGAUGUUUUGGUCACUUUUGAAUGCUGGCGGUGCUUUCACUCUAGGGAUAGCAUGAGACGGAGUCUACAACCCACACAAGUGGCUCAGGUAGUGCAGCUCAUCCAGGAUGGCACAUCAAUAUGAGCUGUGGCAAGAAGGUUUGCUGUGUCUGUCAGCGUAGUGUCCAGAGCAUGGAGGUGCUAACAGGAGACAGGCCAGUACAUCAGGAGACGUGGAGGAGGCCGUAGGAGGGCAACAACCCAACAGCAGGACCGCUACCUCCGCCUUUGUGCAAGGAGGAGCAGGAGGAGCACUGCCAGAGCCUUGCAAAAUGACCUCCAGCAGGCCACAAAUGUGCAUGUGUCUGCUCAAACGGUCAGAAACAGACUCCAUGAGGGUGGUAUGAGGGCCCGACGUCCAUAGGUGGGGGUUGUGCUUACAGCCCAACACCGUGCAGGACGUUUGGCAUUUGCCAGAGAACACCAAGAUUGGCAAAUUCGCCACUGGCGCCCUGUGCUCUUCACAGAUGAAAGCAGGUUCACACUGAGCACAUGUGACAGACGUGACAGAGUCUGGAGACGCCGUGGAGAAUGGUCUGCUGCCUGCAACAUCCUCCAGCAUGACCGGUUUGGCGGUGGGUCAGUCAUGGUGUGGGGUGGCAUUUCUUUGGGGGGCCGCACAGCCCUCCAUGUGCUCGCCAGAGUUAGCCGGACUGCCAUUAGGUACCGGGAUGAGAUCCUCAGACCCAAUGUGAGACCAUAUUCUGGUGCGGUUGGCCCUGGGUUCCUCCUAAUGCAAGACAAUGCUAGACCUCAUGUGGCUGGAGUGUGUCAGCACUUCCUGCAAGAGGAAGGCAUUGAUGCUAUGGACUGGCUCGCCCGUUCCCCAGACCUGAAUCCAAUUGAGCACAUCUGGGACAUCAGACGCCACGUUGCACCACAGACUGUCCAGGAGUUGGCGGAUGCUUUAGUCCAGGUCUGGGAGGAGAUCCCUCAGGAGACCAUCUGCCACCUCAUCAGGAGCAUGCCCAGGCGUUGUAGGGAGGUCAUACAGGCACGUGGAGGCCACACACACUACUGAGCCUCAUUUUGACUUGUUUUAAGGACAUUACAUCAAAGUUGGAUCAGCCUGUAGUGUGGUUUUCCACUUUAAUUUUGAGUGUGACUCCAAAUCCAGACCUCCAUGGGUUGAUAAAUUUGAUUUCCAUUGAUCAUUUUUGUGUGAUUUUGUUGUCAACACAUUCAACUAUGUAAAGAAAAAAGUAUUUAAUAAGAAUAUUUCAUUCAUUCAAAUCUAGGAUGUGUUAUUUUAGUGCUCCCUUUAUUUUUUUGAGCAGUGUAUAUAUAUGAUAUGGUAUCAACUAUGUAAAUGCAGGUCUUCCAGAUUGUUUGUGUAUACCGGUAUGUACUUUAUCCUUAUUCUUACAAAGCCAUUGAACUCUUUUAUCGUAACAUUUAUUUUUUGUUGUUGUAGAAGAGAGGUGUGUGAUUAUAACAAUUGUUUUGUGUUGUAAGAAUUCAUCCGGAGUGAUCAUGAGUCUCAUGAGUGCCCAUACGGGGAAAAAAAAUACAUUUCAAAUAUAUGUUUUGAUAAAUUAUUUAGGAUACAUGUGACAUUUUACAAAAUUGGUGAAAUAAUGCAUUUUUAUUUAUUGAAUACACUUUAAAUACAUUCCAACAUAAAUUACAGAAUAUAUUUAAAAGGUUUAUAUCAAUGUGUAUAAAAUGUAUAUCACAAUAUAUGUUAAAGUCAUCAGAAAAUGUAUUUAAUGUAUUUUAAAAUGCACUCUGAAAUACAUUAAAGAUGUAUUUUAGAAUAUAUUUUGACAUGUAUUUGGAAGUGUUUUGUUUAAUAUAUUCCAACAUGCAUUUAAAUGUAUUUGUAAGAAAUAUAUUUUUUUAUUAAAGUGUAUGGCAAACAUGGAAAAAAAUGCCAAAUCAUA